CUAGAGUUUAGAGUACACGUAGGAUCUGUUCAACUCAAUUUCUAGAUCUAGAUCUAGUAUCAUCUAGAUCUAGAUAUCUAGACUAGACUAGAUCUAAAUUUACUCUAGAUCAAGUACUUACACAGACAAAUCUUAUAUUUCUUCUGUACAUAGUGUAUUUUCAGAGCAUAAUAAGAACCUGUGAUAGAAAAGCUAAUAAUGGCAAGGUUCCUGAUAGUAGUCAACAAAAGUAGCCAUGGACGAGAGAAACAACCACUACAAGAUUUAUGAUUAAAGACCAGAUAGUGCAUAGAGUACACAGAAAUACAUUUUAAAUUAUUAAGAACUUCUCUCUUUCUACAGGGAUAUUAGAAAUUAUACUUUUAUUAUCAAGAAUUUACUUUAACUGUCCUUGCUCUACCACUAAAGGAAGCAACAUGUAUACAAUAUUCCGUUGGGUAUUCUUCGGAGCGGUUUUUGUGAUCGGGCUGAUAGUAAUUCUACCCAUACCUAAUUUGUUUAGUUUAUCAAAGUCUGAUGAAACCACACCUGUUAGUGAGUUGCAUUAUGGUAUUGUAAUUGACUGUGGUAGCAGUGGCAGUAGAAUAUUUGUUUACUAUUGGCCAACACACUCUGGAAAUCCCAAAGAUUUGCUUAAUAUACAACAGCUAUUAGAUGAUUCAGGAAAUGCAGUUGUGAAAAAAGUAUCUCCUGGUUUAUCAUCGUUUGAAAAUGAUCCUGAUUCAGCUAGUGAUCAUAUAAAAGAACUACUUCUAUAUGCGAAACAAUAUAUCCCUGAAAAGAAACAUUCAGAAACAUUCCUAUAUGUGAUGGCUACAGCAGGGAUGAGGAUGUUGUCUCAAAAUGCUCAACAAGCUAUUCUACAAGAUUUGCAAAGAGAUAUUACAAAGGAAUUUAAUUUCAUAGCAACAGAUAACCAUUUUGAAGUUAUAAGUGGAAAACAAGAAGGCGUUUAUGCAUGGAUAGCCAUCAAUUAUGUUUUAGAUAGGUUUUCUCAUUCUCCUCAUGGUCCUGAAUUAGCUACAGUAAAUAUACAGAGUGGAGAAAAGUCAGCACCAAGAUCCCACACUAGGAAAAGUACUGUUGGUAUUAUUGACAUGGGUGGAGGAUCAGUACAGAUAGCAUUUGAAGUUACUGACCCAGAGAAAGUUAAGGAAAUUCCCCCAUCUCUUUUGUCAGAGUUGGAUCUGGGUUGUGAGGAAAGUGAUUUGGAUCACACGUACAAUGUAUAUGUUACAACAUUCCUUGGCUAUGGAGCUAACUCUGCCAGAGUCAGAUAUGAGCAGAUGUUACUAGAGCAAGCUGCUAUACAUCAACCAAACAGUAGUGGAAAGCUUGGACCAGUAAAUGAUGUUUGUUUACCAAAAGGCAUGAAGUAUCAUAGCAAAAAUGAAGGAGGGCGUAGCUACCAGUUCAUAGGCACAGGAGACUACGAAGCUUGCAACGCUGCACUUGUACCUUUAAUGAACCUCACUGUUCCAUGUACUAAGGAGCCUUGUUCUCUGAAUGGUGUUCAUCAGCCUCAUAUUGAUACUUCUAAAUCCUUUUACGGCUUCUCAGAGUUCUGGUAUUGCACUGAAGAUGUUUUAAGAAUAGGUGGACAAUAUGACUAUACUAAAUUUCAUCAGGAUGCAAAGGAAUUCUGUAGCACUGACUGGAAUAUUUUACAUGAUAGAUAUAAAAAGAAAUUGUAUCCAAAAGCUGAUGAUGAUCGUUUUAGAUUUCAGUGUUUCAAAUCUGCGUGGAUGGAACAAGUCUUCCAUGCUGGUUUCUCAUUUCCUCAUGGUUAUUCCAAGUUAACAACUGCUCAGUUAGUCAGUGGUAAAGAUGUUGGCUGGACUCUUGGUGCUCUUAUCUACAAAACAAAAUUUCUACCUCUUAGGGCUAUAGAAAAGCAGAAAGAACUUCAGCUUAAAGAAGUAACUUCACAAUGGCAGAAGGCAUCGCGAACACUUGACACAUCCUUUAUAUUGAUAGGUUGCUUUGUUGUAGUUUUGGCCGCCAUUUUUAUUUAUAUGAAACAGCUCAAGUGUUGCCCACGUACAUCAGAUCUGUCUCGGGUGCCAUCCAUGUCAUAUUUCAUGACAGACCAAGAUCAAAUGGAGCAGGGUGUACAGCUUGUUAAAGGUCAAGGUUACAUCUUGUGAUCUUUAAAAGAGUCAUUAUUUUUUAAAAAUGUUUUACUAAUAGUAACAAUGUAUACAUUUAUGAAAUGGGUUUUCUGUGCCAAAGGUAGAUGUCACCAUUUUAGUUUCAGUUUUAAGUUAAAUCCAUGAUUAUUUAUUUAAUCUUAUAAUUACUACUUUACCAAGAACAUUAGUUUCAUAUCCAUAGAAUUCUAGUUUUGAAAAAGAAAAACUAUCAUUUGGUAAGAGCAGUUUAGUGGCUAUAUUAUUAAAUAUACCCUGCAAAAAACUAAAAUUUGUAUUUCUUCUUUUUUAAAACACUGAUUUGCAUUUUAUACAACAAUUUGUUGAGCUAAUCAGCAUUUACAAUAAUAUUCAAUUUUUAUUUAAAAUUAUAGCAGAUUUUACUAUUAUCUUUUUUUAACAGAUUUUAUUUUAUUUUAUUGACUAUUUACUGCAUCAUGUUGAUAUUGGAUUUUCAUUACUGUUAAGAGUUUUCAUUCUCCAUCCACCAGUCCUCCCCCCCCUCCCCACAAAUCAACUUUAUGUUGACAUUACACUUUUGUAAAACUAUUAGUAUUAGUGCAGCAUCCAUCAAUCAAACCUCUUUAUUUUUGGAUUAAAGAGUUAAAACUACCACUUUGAGAUGAUAAUAUUUUGAGCCUUAUUAUUUUCUGAGUUAUUAUAUUUACAUACUGCACUUAAUUGUUAAUGCUAAAGUCUCUGUUGACACCUACAUUUACCACUCAGUAAUACAUUCAUUUCAAAUAUUCAUCGUAAAUAUGAGUUUAAUUAUUUUAGAUUAAAAUGAACACAUCAAAGAAUUAUAUGAAUGAUAAUGAUGUUAUCUUAAAGUUAUUUAUUUUUAUUAAUAAUUUGUAUUAUUGUUGUUUUUUUUUUCAUUAAUUCUUUGCAUUUUAUUAUAAAAUAAUGAAAACAUUAGUCCAGCUGAAGUAGUUAAGCUAGACUAAAAUUAUUUCACUACUAUGAGAUAUUUUUAAAAACAUUAUUGUGUAGAUUUUUUAGCCAACACUUGCUAAUAUACUUAAAAAUUACUUUUCCCAUUUUCCUUAAAGCAAGUAAACUGUACCAUACUUACUGCAAAAAAAUGUUUAUAGUCAAGAAAUGAAGAUAUUUUAAUGGAUAAAAUAUAUUAAAACUUUAACUACUUGGAUUUGAUUGAACAGUAAGACUAGAAGAACCUAAAUAAUAAUCGACAAGAAAAGUUGAUCUGUCUUCUUUUUAGCUAUAUUAAUUAUUUUUAUCUAUUGUUAAAAUAAAUAGCUAGACAAUGUGUUUUAUGAUCUAUUGAUUGUACCUGCCCCAUACUUACAAUAAAUUGCUCAAAAUGAUAAAAUGACUUCUAGAGGGAAGAAUGGUCAGAUAUACGAACCAUCUAAAAUAUGAAUAUCAAAACUGCACAUAAUAUUAAUUUUGUAUGUAUAAAUAGGCUGAAACAAACAUUGCAACUUUAAAGUAAAUAUAAAAUUGGAUGCAUUAUGUAUAUCAUGUAAUGUCUGGACAGCUCAGUUUGUAUAUAAUUACUUUACAAAUAACCAUUUGUAAGUUUGUAAAUAUAGCUGUACUGAGCAGAAAAUAAUAGAGGGCGUUGUAUUUCCAAAGCCCUGACAAGUUAUCUGAUGUAAACCAUCACAUGCAUGGCUUAAAUCAUGCAUUUGAUAAUCAUUUAGCAAAAUGGUUGUCUAAUUACUUAAUUACAAAAUAACAUGAAGGUUGUAAGGCUGAUGCAGAUGUAAUAAUUGUGACUCAUUUGAAUGAUUUUUGAGUUGAGUUAAAAUACAGAUGUAUACUUUUGUUUAUUGCAUGCUUUUGAUUUGUUAAAAAUAGUAAAGAAAAAAUUGACAAUUAAUACAGUAGAGUUUACAAAUAUACCAAAGACAUUUUCCUUGGGAGCUAGCUGUAUAUCCCUGCUAGAACAUAAUGGUGUUACUCUCCCCCUUCCCACCCGAUUAAUAAUUUUUCUGUUCCUCCUUUACUUGCACGUUACUGAUUUCUGUCUAAAAAGUUAUUCCAAGACAUAAGACUGUUAUUGGGUAAUUGAUAUAAUUUAAUUAUACUUAUUCUUUUGAACUAAUAUACUUAUUGAAAUGUCAAUAUGAGGGUGAAUAUAUUCCAGCUCAAAGCUGUGUAGUGAUGGGUAUUUUGAUUGUGAUUACUCUGUCUUUGCAUUUUGUAAGAUUUAAAGGGUUACCUUGUGUGUUUUUUUAAGUUGCUUUUACAAUGACCACUAAACUAUUGUAGAAGUAUUUUGAAUGUUUUAUUAUAAAUAUGUUAGUGUUAGCUCAUAUAAUCUGAUUUUUGUUAAUAUUUAUGGACAUGACCAUUAAGGAAUAGAAAUUGUGUAGAAAAUUUUGUAUAAGGACUUAUGAAAAAAGUAAUGAAGGGAAUAUCUUUAAAAAGAAAAUUACUUUAAUAGUGAGUGCAAGCUAAUAAAUAACUAGUCAGAUGUGUUUUAUUGAUUGAAGUCUGUUUUGAUGAAAUUUUCUUUGACUGUAAAAAUCCAAAUUUUGAAGAAUGAUACUAAUUUUAUACUUCAUAGAAUAUUUCAAGUGUGAUAUAAACAUAAGUGGCAAGGAUAUUAACUAUUACCUUGUAAAAUAAUCCACCUUCAUAAUUUCACUCUACUUAUGUUUUUCUAAAAAUCUCAUGAUUGAUUAAAGUUAGUGGGAUAAGUCAAUCAAAUGAAUUUCUUUAAUGUUAAAUAAAAACCUUGCGUUUUUGUUACAUUUUCGCGUUUUAUAAUGUGUUGCAUUCUUUAACAUUUCUUAGUCUAGUUCGUAGAUUAAUAUAAUUAGUAAUUAGUUUGCGUGCUUAUUUGUAUUGAAAUAGCAUUGAUUUUUAGUAUAGUACAUCUUUUCAAUCAAAACUUUUUACAAGUUUAAAUUUUUACUUCAGCUACUAAUUUGACAAAAGUCUGAAAACUAAUCAAUAGGAAAACAUUUUUGUGUUUGUUUAGAGGCUGUACUACAGAAGCUUUGUACCAUCCUUUAAAGUGAGUUUCACAACUUCUGUUUCAAUGGCUUAAAAUGACCAUCAAAAUAUUAAUUUUGAUAACAACACUGCUCCAAGUGCAGAGAGAAAAUUUUAAUAGUUCAUUUUGUCUUAAAAUCCGGUGUCUGAACAACUUCCUUCACUUUUCAAAUUACAGAAUCCCAAUCAAAACUUAUAGAAAUAAUUGUGUGAAACACAAAGCUAAAUAUAAUAGUGUUUUAAGCCACAAAGGAAUAUAAAUUAGGUGGUAAGACUUAAAUCCUGAGUUAUUUCCUGUGUUUCAAUUAGCAAUAAUAAUGACAUAUGUUUAUGUAACUUUUCAUUCCAUUUAGCAACAAAAUUUUAAUUGUACUCAUAAGACUGUGAUAAAUUGUCCAAAAAAUUGGAUGUUUACGUAUUUGUACAUUUUGAAAGAAAUGGAUUUGUAUGUGUUUGAAAAUGAUGUAAAACAUAAAUAUAUAUUUUUAUUUAGAAAACAAACUUAACUAUCCCUCUAUUCUGUUUUAACUUUAUUUUUGAACAUUCACAAAUGUAUUUUCACUCAUAUAAGACCAUCAAUUAUGUACAAAAUUGUUCUAAUUUAAAAUGCACAGUAUUUAUUUACUUUCUAAUUUGGUCUUCCCUCAGAGAUUAUAGAGUUUUUAAUCAUUAGGAAUGAGAUAAAUGAAUAUUUGAUUCUUUAUUUCUUUAUACUAUAAUUAAUGUUAUAGAUGUACAGAUCAAUUUAUGUUAAAGUAAUUUUAACAGUUUGCUAAACAAAUAAAUUUAGAGCUAUUUUAUUGUAAAACUACUUAUUAGCCUCUUUUGUCUAAAAUAUUAUCCCCCCCCCCCCCCCGAAUCACAAUAAGUCAUUAUAAAAUCAAAGUUCUUUAUUUUUCUUUUAGACAGACUCCACACCUUGCAUGUAUAUUAGAUGUACUGUCAUUUAUGCAACAUUGGAUAUGAUGGAAGAAAACUGCAUUUAGUAUAACAUUAUGUAUUUUAAGAUGUUUGUUAUACAUCCAUCAAUAUUUUAUUUCAUUACUUGAUAUGUAUUUGAAAAACAAAAUGUAGGUUGGAAUAUGCACGUAAAUGGGAAAAUCUCAAUACAGGCUGGUUUUUUU